AUGGCAGAUGGAUUCGCCGCCGUCGCCGCCAAACAUGGACACCCGCCUCCUCCAGCUCCCGACUACGCCUUUACUGAAUUCGUGACGAUAAAUUUCCUUCAACCGGUUCGCUUGGAGGACAAAACGACCGCGACGGGACAAGUUUGGGAGAAAACGAUCCAAACGUAUUUGAACACAGCUGGCACCAAGGUCCUGUGGUGGGGACAUGCAGUAGAUCAUCCUCAGACCGUCAAGUUGAUCAUUGACUGGAGUUCUUCAUCGCACCGAGAAGCGUUCCUCGCAUCACCGAGCAUGGGUUCUCUUCUGGCAUCAUGGCAAUCAGACACCGACUUCGGGCACUCUUCCAGCUCGCCGAAUCUAUUCGAGCUGUCACCCGAGACAUCCGUGCGACUGAACGUCUUCCGACCACCCCGAGCGUUCAGCGAAGAUUGUGUCACUAUUCUGCUCACGUUCUAUUUCUCAGAUUCCUUCGAUCCGAACGCCGUGCAGCCGGAUGACGAAGUGCAACCUCACCGUUCCAGGCGCGCAGUCUGGGAGAAUGCUUGGAGCGUCUUUGCACACUCAGCACUACGGAGCGAAGGUGGCGUCAUCUCUAGCCGUGGAGAAGGGGCAUGGUCCGUACGGGAAGGACCAGGAAGCAAGUGCUCCUGGAUGGGAGCGUUCAGGUUCAUGAAUGCAGACUUGGCCCGGAAGUUCCUCGCCCUCGCUGACGAAGAAGUUCAAGGCUCUCAGCGAGGCGGAUGGGGUCGUUUGAAGAGCCUUGCAGACGCUGGAGUUGAAGUUGAAUUAUUGAGCAUGGUUCAUGCAACGGAGAAAUAG